CAACUACCAGUACACUCCACUCCCAUCACACACACAGACACGCCUGCAAGAGCGAGAGCGUGAACCAUGGCGUCCAUGGGGAAGAAGCAGAAGCAGGUGGCGGCGACGCUGAUGCUGGCGCUGGUGGUGCUGGCGGCGGCGCCGGGCGGGGCACGCGCGGCGUGCCAGGCGUCGCAGCUGGCGGUGUGCGCUUCGGCCAUCCUGUCCGGGGCCAAGCCGAGCGGCGAGUGCUGCGGCAACCUGCGGGCGCAGCAGGGGUGCUUCUGCCAGUACGCCAAGGACCCCAACUACGGGCAGUACAUCCGCAGCCCCCACGCGCGCGACACCCUCCACUCCUGCGGCCUCGCCGUCCCGCACUGCUAGGCACCAUCCACGUACAUAUGGCUGAGCUAGCUAGAUCUGCCUCAGUGACCAUGAGAGCGUCAGACUAUAGCUAGCCUAGCUGAGUGCGUGUUGUUGCGUCUAUGAACGCAUGUGGUUCGACUUUGAUGAUGCUGGAAUGAAUAAAAUGUUGGGUGAUGAUCUA